AUGUCCCAAUCCUCGCACCGCUCGAAAGCGCCCAGAAGGAGCGUGAACAGUUUACGAAAUGGAGAUGGAAUGUCGCGGGACUCGUCCAGGCCACGCAGAAAGUCUAUAGAUGCCAAUGAAGCAUAUCUAUAUGCUCUCCGCGUGGCUUACCUCUCUUACCUCCUCCAGCCUCGGACAACGCGCAAGAGACAUGUCGAAACAAAGCCUGCCAUGCACCGCUCGACAACGUCUAAUUCCUUCCACGAUCUCAUGAAUGAUUUCACCGUGGUGCGAGAUUCUAAGAGCACCAGAUUCCCCCAUGAUUUCAUCAAAGAGUUGGAAAAGAGGUUGAAGGGCAUUCUGAUUGGAACUGAGCGGCGGUCAGAAUACCAUGACCCUUUGGUCAAGCGAAUAUUCGCCAUCUUCCUCAACACUCUGUCCGACCCUUCUUUUAAAAAGCGCAUGGAAGCAGAUCGACGAGCUGAGGACCUGGUAUUGAUCUUCUUCUCGAAUGCUACAAAGGAAUUGCAAAAGGGAAAGCCUCCCGGGGACGACGCAGUUAAGCGCAUGGUGGACCGUCAUGUUGCUUUGUUCGUCCGUUUGUUAAGUCUCAUAUUGAAGGACCGCGACUGGGCGAGGGACAAGCCCGAACUGGCGACCCGUUUACAGACUCUGGAGUCAAAGCUACUCAAAGGCGACGACAAUCUGGCAACGUCGCAAAUCAAUGGACCAAUGACUUUUGUCGAGGAAGUUGUGCCGUUGAGUUACGAAGUCAAGGACAUGCCUCUGGUUCAGGUCGUCGGUCAGAUUUUUGGGUUGAGCAAUACGAUGAUGCAGUCUGACAUCAACAAAUACAAGAACACUUGGACGGAGAAAGCAGCGCUUCAAGAUCUGAAAACGUACCAGCAACAUCUCAACCUGGGCACCAAUCUGACCUUGAAUGCGAAUGAUUUUGACACUCAAGAGGCCUACGAGGCAUGGAAGAAGACCGAGGGCCCUGAUCUCUCCCAACUCAUGCUAGCUAUUGUGCAAGCCAAUCCAGAACUGGCAAAGAGCACCCCUGGUGGCACUCUCCCCCAGUUCAACCAACAGGCUGCAUCUACUAGUCCUACCAACUCUCAAUACGCGGAAGUCUCCAGGGUCCUUUCUCAGCCUGGGGACUCUUCAUCCUAUGUCCUGGAUCUGCCGGCAGAUCUCAGCUCGCUCGAUCUGGAUUCGGCCAACUCAUCACUACAGGCCGAUGACGCAGCGCAUAUCUAUACCUUUAUUCCUUCUAGCCCACGAGCCAUGUUUCGCUACAUCAUGCACCAGGCUCUUUCUCAUGACCUUAACGAUAAGACGAACGACGGAGGCCAACUUUUCUCCCAGAAGACGACGGAAUUGCUGAACGAGAUUGCGUUAAGAUGGCGAAUACCCAAGUUCACUCGAAUGGUUCUGUUUCUGGAUGUUGUUCGCGAAAGGUUCGUCGAGCAGGCCAUCAGCUUGGAGAUGUUGGACGCGGCCUUCAACUACGUCAAGGAGCCUCUGCAGGACGACCCAAAAAGCAAGAGAAGUUCCCUGGUGAUGAGUACAUCGCUUAACGACAGGUAUCAUUGGACUAUUGCCGACUUUGCCCUGAUGGGAAAAGUGCUUCACAUGCUGCAUGAGGCGUUGCUUCGAGAUUUGUAUGAGGUGAUGAUGACCGCUUAUGCCGAAAAAGCUGAACUGCAGAAGGUCGGGGCCAUCAUGGCUGUUCUUGAUGAUCAUAUCCGAAACGAUCCCAACUUCACCCCGAACAAGGAGGACUUCGAGAACUUCAAGAAUGCAGCCAUAGAUGGAUUGGCAAAUGAAGCUCGAAAGAUGUAUGACAUUCUGCUGGACCGUGAACUGCCAGGGGCGAAUGACAGGUGGGAAUUCUACCAUGUUCAACAGCUAGCCAAAGCUGUCUUGAAGCUUGCAGAGAGGGUCCAAAAGAGAUUCAGGAAGAACCCGGAAAUUCUCGGCAUCAACCCAUUGAUGAUUCUGCUCAAUUGCACACUGCCUGCGUUUGCAGAAGACUCGAAGGCGAUGGUAGAGCACAUCUUGAACGUUGCGCGAAGAGAUGGCUUCGAAGUUGCCAUUCAAGACGGUUUCAACCUGUACAAAGCGCUGAGCGAAUUCCGCCGAGUCCACACCGACGCAUUGCCUCAUGUGCCAUUCCCUUACAAAAUUGAGCAUUUACUGGCCGACUUUGUCUGGCGAUGGAUCAAGAUCACCGAGGAACAAGUAAUCGGGUGGGUUGAAAACGCUGUCAAGCAAGACAAAUUUGUUGUCAGAACGCAGCACCCUGGUCAAGUUCCCACCGAAGACGAGCGUCACUCGACUUCCAUCAUCGACAUCUACAGCUCUUUCAGCCAAGUCAUUGAGCAGGUCAGCCAGCUGAAUUGGGACGACGACCUCACCUAUGCGAAAUUCAUGACUGCACUCUCCAAAGCCCUUGGGCGUGGUGUUGCAAGAUACUGCGAACUACUGGACCAGAUGUUCAGUAAAGAAAUGGACAGAAUGACACCGGAGCAAGAGGCAGCAGCCACGAUGACAAGACAGGAGAAAUGGGUUCAACUUGCCAAAGAUACCUGGAACAAUAAGGAGCGAGUGGAGCCAUUCCAGUUCUACCCAGAAUCAUUCGUGAAACUUAACAACAUCUCCUUCGCCAUCCAACAGUGGGACAAGCUUGAGUCGGAGGUGAAUGUCGACGGUUGUGCAGAAGUGAUCAAGAGACAUACUCCACCGGUGGUUCAACGGCCUCGGAAAACGUCAAAUUAUGUCUUCACCAUCAAGAUUGUCGAAGCAGAAGACCUGAAAGCAUGUGAUGUCAACGGCUUCAGCGACCCAUAUGUGGUCUUGACCGAUGAAUAUCAGAAGCGCCUGUUCAAAAGCAGGAUAGUUUACCGGAAUCUCAAUCCGCGGUGGGACGAAUCGGUGGACAUCACCACGCAAGGGCCACUCAACCUGAUUGCUACCGUCUGGGAUUGGGAUGCGGUCGGUGAUCAUGACUAUGUUGGACGGACUUCCCUCAAACUGGAUCCCUCGCAUUUCAGUGAUUUUCUGCCGCGUGAAUACUGGCUUGACCUGGACACUCAAGGGCGGGUUAUGGUCCGAGUCAGUAUGGAGGGCGAACGAGACGACAUCCAGUUCUAUUUUGGGAAGGCCUUCAGAAACCUGCAGCGCACCCAGCGAGACAUGACCAGGAAGAUCACCGACAAACUGUCGGCUUACAUCAGUCAUUGCCUAUCCCGGCGGGCACUACGGUCUUUACUGAAUCGCGGAAUAUCCAUCUCGACCGUGUCGUCCUACUUCGCGCGGAAUCGAGCCUCCACAGCAGUGACGACAGCGAUGCCAACAGAUGCAGAAAUCGUCAACGCCUUAAAACCCUUGUUUGACUACUUCGACGACAACUUCGCUAUCAUGCAACAGACAUUGACUUCAGAUGCAAUGAAAGCCGUCAUGACGCGAAUCUGGAAAGAAGUUCUUGCGACCAUCGAAGGCCUCCUGGUUCCUCCGUUGUCCGACAAGCCUUCUCAACAAAAGGCACUCAGUCAACAGGAACUGGACGUGGUCUUCAAAUGGUUACAAAGCCUGCUCGAAUUCUUCAACGCCGUAGACGAAGAGACCGGCGAAGCAAAUGGCGUUCCCCUGAACAUCCUGAAGAAUCCGAAAUACCACGAACUGCAGAUGCUCAACUUCUUCUACUUCGAACCCACCGAAAGCCUGAUCCGCGAGUCGGAACGGAUGGCCUCUGCAACAGCCAUCAACCAACAAAUGCAGCGGUCCCGAAUCUCGGCUCCAGCCAACCUUGGGACUGUGGGCGGAGGGGGUCUUUUGAACUCUGGUAGUUUGGCGGGCGCCCGACGUGCUAAGAGCAUCAUGUUAAGCCGCAACCUUGGCACCAUGCGCAAAGCCAAAGAGGAGAAAUGGAAAGCCGCCCAGGCGGAACCGAACGAUGACAUGAUUUUACGUAUCCUUAGAAUGAGACCCGAAGCCGCUGGGUACCUGAGAGAUCGAUCGCGACAGAAAGAACGACUUGCCGCCGCGGCCGCUGCUGAGAUGAUUGUCAGGCAGAGUCUUCUCGCUGGUGGGGGAAGGAUGACUGGGCCGAGUGUCAUUCGACGAUAG